AUGAGCAUCAACGACAUUAAAAGUAAUUCUGCACCUGUAGACGACAAAAUCAACAAUAGCUUCAAUACUACAUCUUCCGACAUUGAUGUCAAAUAUGUUUCACAGCAACAUGAUGACAGUCUUAUUGUUGCUGUAGCAGAGGAGGAGCAACCACCAUUCUCAGCAGAGUCCACUACACAAGAAAUCAUUUUUGGUCGCAAGCAAAGAUUGUUCAUUUUGUUUAUGGCGUGCGUGGCUACUCUAGGUGCGGCAUUUCCAGUGCAGAUAUUUUAUCCUUCACUUAUUGCCAUUGAAAAGGAAUUCAACACUACAGCAUCUAUUGUCAGCAUUUCAAUUGCAGGAUACAGAGUGGUUCAAGCCUUCUCUCCGACUUUUUGGGGAGCACUUUCGGAUCAAUGGGGUCGUCGUCCCACUUAUAUGUUGACAAUGAUAAUAUCUGCAGCAGCUUGCGCCGGAAUUGCACUGUCUCCAAACAUCGAUACCUUGAUUGCUGUACGACUGCUUCAGGGGUUCGGCGGAACAUCCAUUCAAUCUAUAGGUGACGGCGUCGUUAGUGAUAUAUCUGUUCCGGCUACACGAGCAGGGUAUAAUUCAAUUUUUCAAAUGGGGUAUAAGGUGGGCAGUGUCCUCGGUCCUGUUUUAGGCGGAAUCAUUGCUCAGCACCUGUCAUGGCGCUGGUCGUUUUGGAUACUGGUGAUUUUCACUUCCUUUGUGUUUAUUAUGAUCGCUUUAUUCAUACCAGAGACGUUGCAUACUUUAGCAGGUGGCUAUUACAAUCCUACGCCCUUGCAAUGGAUUAAACGUCAAGGACAGAAGCGAAGCCAGACGAAACAACUAGAACACAAUUCAGAAGUUGUCGACAGCGCAGCAACAUCUAAAAAGGAAAUGAAGAUAUCCUGGGAUAGCGAAAGGGACACAGCAGCAAAAAGUCGGUUUAUGCGUAAACCCGAUUUUCGGGCAUCAUAUCGCUAUAUACGAAUGCCUGACUUCUUUCUCGUGAUGCUCAAUGAGGGCUUGUACUUUGCAGCACAAGCUUGUUACAUGAUCAAUCUGCCUUACUUGCUUGAAGACUACUACAAUUUGGACGUUCAACAGAUUGGUCUUUGCUAUCUUGCGCAGACGCUCGGAACAGUUGCUGGUGGUCUCGGUGCAGGGCAAUAUUUGAAUUACAUGUUUCGACGCACUGCUGCAAAUUACGACGGUAGCGAUAAGGAAAAGAAUACUGGACGCACAAACAAGCUGCCGCUGGAUUUCCCAAUUUAUAAAGCUAGACUUCAGUCUGUAUGGCCCAAUGCGAUCGCUGCUCAAAUCACCACAUUAGUAUACGGUUGGUGCUUCUACUUAAGAACACCUUUGGCCAUUCCACUUCUCAUACAGUUUAUCGUGGCCUUUAACGUACAAUGCAUGAAUUCAGCUACACGGUGUUUGCUGAUCGAUUUGCGACCAGGGAAAGGUGCUACAGUUGCUGCCUCUGUUGGUUUAUUUCGCCAGUUGUCCGCGGCUAUAGGCUCGAUAGCAAUGUAUCCUGCCACAAAAGCCGUAGGACCAGGCUGGACAUAUACUAUCCUUAGCGUCAUUUUAAUGAUCUCUAAUACCGUUAUUCCUGUAUUGUUAAAACAUGGCGUAAAGUGGCGAACAAAACGAGCUAUCCAAGAAGAAAAUAAUAAACAGUAA